GUGUGAAAUUUGCCUCUGUCGGUGUACGUGGAGUCAGACGACACAAGCAUCAGUAAAGAUUUGAAAGCAAAUAUCUAUUGUAUUUUCGCAAUGGCAGCAGCACAGACUCAGAAUUUCGCAAGAUUUGUCCAAUGGGGAAGGAACGUGGUCGCUGUUGGAAGAAAUUAUAAGGAUCACUGUGCAGAGCUGGGAAAUGCUGUUCCUACUAAACCCCUUCUGUUUAUGAAACCACCAUCUUCAUAUCUUGAGGAAGGAGCUGGACCCAUCCUGCUCCCUCGAGGAUGUACCAACUGCCAUCAUGAAGUGGAGUUAGGGGUGGUGAUAGGAUCUGUUUGCCGUGAUGUGGAAGAAAAGGAUGUCAUGUCACACAUUGCUGGAUAUGCACUAGCAUUAGAUAUGACAGCCAGAGACUUCCAGGAUGAGGCAAAGAAGAAAGGAAAUCCAUGGACUAUGGCCAAGUGCUUUGACACAGCUCUUCCAGUGUCAAAGUUCCUCACUAAGCAAGAGCUAGUAGAUCCAAAUAAUGUGACACUGUGGUGUAAGGUUAAUGAUGAGAUGCGUCAGAAUGGCACAACAUCGGAUAUGGUCUUCAGCAUCCCCUACCUCAUCUCGUACAUCUCCCAGUACUUCACCCUUAAUCCAGGAGAUCUGGUUCUCACAGGGACACCAGCAGGAGUGGGCUCUGUUCAACCUGGUGAUGUCAUAUCAGCUGGAUUAGGUGACCUACUGACCAUGAAGUUCCCAGUGGCACAAAGGAAAUGAGAACUCGAUAUUCCUCUCUCAUUUUCUGCUAGUCUUUCAUUAUUGUUGUGCAUUUUGGGUUUGCGGUCAAAUAUGAUUUUGGUUCUGAUGAGAAUGGUGUUGGUUGGUUUGCUGUGUGUAGGUAUAUUAUAUGUAUUUACCAGAUGAAAAUAUCAAGAUCAGACACUGGCAAUUAUUAAAUGCAUGAGGGUAAAAAUAACAGUGCAGAAGUUAUGCAUCCUUAUACAGAUGCUCAUGCACGUGGGCAAAAGAACAUAUGUAUACACUUACACAUACACAUAUAAGCUACAUUCAGUAAUGUGCACAUAUGCACAUAUAGUAAUGUCUUUCUUCAAACUGUCUGUAUAUCUGAAUAGUAAUAUAAUUUACCAAGUAUCCAGAGGAUUUUUAUGUAUAAAAUAUUGUCAUUGCUAUUUUUAUAACAUUUUUAAAAUCAUUACUGAAAAUACUUCUCAGCAGUGAACAAAUGCUUAUCUUCAUCAGCAUUAUUAUUAUUGUCAUAAUUAUUUCAUGAUGGUUAUAACUAUAUUUACUGUGAUCCUACAGUUAUAUAUAUUUGAUGCUUCUUGUGCAUUUUACGUGAAAUUGAAUAACAAUGAAGGAAAUUAGUACACUGUACACAAUUUUAUUCAUAAUAUCAUGUGUCAUAUUAGAAUAUUAUUAUUUGUUGAAGGAAUGAGUUUAUAUAUUCUAGCUUCAUUAUUUAUGAUUUAAAUAAAAUUCUUUAGAAUUGGAUUCACUAAGUAGGCCAUCUACUUACCUAAUUAGGCAUUUAUAUACUUACCCAUGUAUUGUACAUUUUCAGGGUUUUUGAAAGAGAAAUUCAAUUAUGUGUCCUGCAAGUAUAUUUGAUAAAAGACAAUGUUCAAAGCAGAUAUUUUGAUAUUCUGCCCUUUUAUUUUAUGGUGAAGAUAGAAUCACAUUAUCUAUAUAUAUUGUCAAUAAAACAAUAAAUCAUACA